AUGAUGCAGCAUCCGUGGAACGAGGCGGUGAUCGGAAUCAGGGCGACCAAAUCUGCGCCGUGCUCGCCGAUCAAGCCGGCGGCGCCGCCGCCGCGGGCGGAAGGCUUCCACGCCGCCCUCAAGGUCCCCGUGGGGGACACGCCGUACGUCCGGGCCAAGCGCGUGCAGGUGGGCUAUCAUCGCCGCCGCGGCCGGAGAAAUCGGUAACAAUAGCUCCCUGGUUCUGUUUCUUAAUCUCCUCCUUCCUCCAUCUCCGUCGCAGCUGGUGGACAGGGACCCGGAGAAGGCCAUAGCUCUCUUCUGGGCGGCGAUUAACGCCGGCGACCGGGUCGACUCGGCCCUCAAGGACAUGGCCAUCGUGAUGAAGCAGCAGAACCGGGCGGAGGAGGCCAUUGAGGCCAUCAAAUCCCUCAGAGUCCGCUGCUCCGACCAAGCCCAGGAGUCCCUCGAUAACAUCCUCCUUGAUCUCUACAAGGUCCCCUCACUCUCUCAUCUCUCUCUGCGGAUCUUCUUCUUCUUCUUCUUCUUCUGGUCUCACCGGCGAGGUCGUGCAGAAGUGCGGAAGGCUGGAGGACCAGAUCGCGCUGCUGCAGCACAAGCUCCGGCUGAUCCAGCAAGGCAUGGCGUUCAACGGGAAGAGGACGAAGACGGCGCGGUCGCAGGGGAGGAAGUUCCAGGUGUCCGUGGAGGAAGAAGCGACCCGCCUGCUGGUAAAAAAGAAAAAGAAAAAGAAAUAGAAGUUGCAGGAUGAAUCCCAUGGCGUGUCGAGGGGGACUGGUUACUAAUCUGGGUAAAAGUUUUGCAGGGGAAUCUGGGGUGGGCGCUGAUGCAGAAGGAGAGCUACGCGGAAGCGGAGGUCGCGUACCGGAGGGCGCUGCUGAUCGGGCCGGACAACAACAAGAUGUGCAAUCUGGGGAUCUGCCUGAUGAAGCAAGGAAGGGUGGCGGAGGCGAAGGAGACCUUGGAGAGGGUGAGGCCGGCGAUGGCGGACGGGCCCAGAGGAGUUGACUCCCACCUCAAGGCCUUCGAGAGGGCGCAGGAGAUGCUCCGCGACCUCGAGUCCAGGACGACGGCGGCGGCGGCGGCGGGGCUCCGGUGGCCGGAGGGCAGCGGCGCCGCCGGCGGUUGCUUCUUCUUCCCGGCGAGCUCCGCCGUUUGGCGGCCGCUGCAGCCGGGAAUCGGGUCGGAUCAUUUCGGGGACGAGAACGCCGCCGAGGUGGCGAACGGGAGCAAGGUGGUGGCGCCGCCGCGCAAGGCGGCGGAGCAGCCGUAUCUGAAGAAGUCCCUCACCGCAGCGCCUCCGCCCUUCUACCCGAAACAGCGGGUGAAGAAGACGGCGGAGGAGGAAGAGGCCCAUCGUCGCCUGUUCCUGCAGGACCCGCUGGGGAACCUCAAGAGGACCAGGUCCAGCGGGGCGGCGGCGGCGGCGGCGGAGGAUUGGUUUACGGUGGCGGCGGAGCAGACGCGGCGGAGUCUGGAGAUGCUUCCGGAUGAUGAGGCAUUCGAUGAAGCCAUCGUGGCGGCGGUUCUGGCGCCGGUUCUGGAGGCGGCGGCGGCGGCGGAGCCCCCACUCGCCGGCAGCUCUUCCUGCCCUCCUUCUCCGGCGGGCGGCGGCGGCGGCGUCUUGGCGGGGAGGAAGGUGGGGAAGCGGCUGAGGGUCUUCCAGGACAUCACCACGCAGUGCCUCAGCCCCCAAGCUUAG